UCUAGGAACCACACCAGACCACACCAACUUGGACCUUCAAAGAGCUCCGUGUGCCUAACUCCAGCGUCACGUGACAAACAAACCCAAUUACCCCAAUUCAUUUUAGGUUUAAUUUCCCACCCAAAUCUUAAAGGUUUUUUUUUUUGGACCUAAUUACUCGAUUUGGAAGAACGAAGGUAUGGCGAUGUUUAUAGCGUCUCGUCGUCUCUCUGCUGGAUCGGAAGCUUCGUUAAUGCGUUUCACUGUUUGUUGGAGAUCGUUUUCGACCUCUUUCAGGGAGGAAAGAGACACAUUUGGACCCAUUCUUGUUCCCUCCGAUAAGUUGUGGGGCGCUCAAACUCAAAGAUCAUUGCAGAAUUUUGAGAUUGGAGGUGAUCGUGAACGAAUGCCUGAGCCAAUUAUUCGCGCUUUUGGCAUCCUUAAAAAAUGUGCUGCCAAGGUCAACAUAGAAUAUGGUCUUGACCCAUCCAUAGGGAAGGCAAUAAUGCAAGCAGCCCAAGAAGUGGCUGAAGGAAAGCUUAAUGACCAUUUUCCACUUGUGGUGUGGCAGACUGGCAGUGGGACUCAAAGCAACAUGAAUGCCAAUGAGGUUAUUGCAAAUAGAGCUGCUGAAAUUCUUGGCCACAAGCGAGGUGAAAAAUUUGUGCAUCCAAAUGACCAUGUGAACAGAUCACAAUCUUCUAAUGACACGUUCCCUACAGUGAUGCACAUUGCUGCUGCAACGGAAAUAAAUUCGAGAUUAAUACCAAACCUGAAAACUUUACAAACUUCACUACAUUCCAAGUUAGUUGAAUUCAAAGAUAUUAUUAAAAUCGGACGUACUCACACUCAAGACGCAACACCUUUGACUCUUGGGCAAGAAUUUAGUGGAUAUACCACACAGGUGAAAUAUGGUAUUGACCGAGUCAUGUGCACCCUACCUCGCAUGUAUCAGCUUGCACAGGGUGGCACUGCUGUGGGGACUGGAUUGAACACAAAAAAAGGGUUUGAUGUAAAGAUUGCUGCAGCAGUAGCAGAGGAAACAAACUUACCAUUUGUCACAGCAGAAAACAAAUUUGAAGCACUGGCUGCACACGAUGCGUUUGUUGAAAGCAGUGGAGCCCUAAACACAAUUGCUGUUUCCCUUAUGAAGAUUGGGAAUGACAUACGCUUGUUAGGAAGUGGUCCACGUUGCGGCCUUGGUGAACUCAUUCUUCCUGAAAAUGAACCUGGCAGCAGUAUUAUGCCUGGGAAAGUUAACCCUACUCAGUGUGAAGCCCUUACUAUGGUUUGCGCUCAGGUUAUGGGAAACCAUGUUGCCGUUACAGUGGGUGGAUCAAAUGGCCAUUUUGAGCUGAAUGUGUUCAAGCCUAUGAUUGCUAAUGCUCUUCUACAUUCGGUCAGAUUGCUUGGGGAUGCAUCUGCUUCUUUCGAAAAGAAUUGUGUGAGGGGAAUUCAAGCCAAUAGGGAACGGAUUUCAAAAUUACUGCAUGAGUCGCUAAUGCUUGUCACAUCUUUGAACCCUAAAAUUGGUUAUGACAACGCUGCAGCAGUUGCCAAGAAAGCCCACAAGGAGGGAAGCACUCUGAAGGAAGCUGCUCUAAAUCUUGGAGUGCUCACUAGUGAAGAGUUUGACCAACUUGUAGUACCGGAAAAGAUGAUUGGUCCCUCAGACUAACCAGCUUGAUAAACUUUUAGGGUUUGCAAUGAUGUAACCAUUUUUGCACCCCUUCCCUCAAUCAGUUGGAGAGUAGGAAAUAAAUAUCCAACGGUCAUUGUAUCUUUCUGAGAAAACAAUAUUCUUGAGGUUUUAUCUGUUCGGCUCUCGUCUUCUGGAUCCUUUUCAGUGACUUGGCUGUUGAUUGGGGUUAAUAAGGAGAAAACCUCCCACAUUUUUUUGUAAUGGAAACAGUAAAUUGAAGGAAAAUCAAAGCAUAAUUUUUAGAAAGAA